UUUGACAGGUUUCUGUUUUGUGUUGGAGUGAGUAGAAAAACACAGGCGGUGUAAAUUAUUAGUGAAAAACACGAGUUUUCCUUAGUUUUUUCGCCCAUUUUCACGUGCUGGUGUAGCCAUGGGAGUUCCAGCAUUCUUCCGGUGGCUCUCACGCAAAUAUUCGAGCGUUCUCAUUGAGUGUGUGGAGAAAAGAGUAACAAACGAGGAUGGGGAGGAAGUAUCAGAGUGUGCCUCACUGCCCAAUCCCAAUGGAGUGGAAUUUGAUAAUUUGUACUUGGAUAUGAAUGGAAUUAUCCACCCGUGUACGCAUCCGGAAGACAAGCCGGCACCGAAGAAUGAAGAUGAGAUGAUGGUGGCUAUUUUUGAGUACAUUGACAGGUUGUUUGCCAUUGUACGCCCCAGGAAGGUUCUCUACAUGGCCAUUGAUGGAGUGGCUCCUCGUGCUAAGAUGAACCAACAGCGUUCGAGACGCUUCCGGGCCUCGAAGGAGGCUGCCGAGAAGACAGCAGAAAUUGCGCGGGUACGCGAAGAAUUGAAAGCAAAGGGUGCUAUCUUGCCGCCUGAGAAGGAGAAAGGGGAGCAUUUUGAUUCAAACUGCAUCACCCCAGGAACACCCUUCAUGGAGCGCCUGAGUCGUUGUCUCCACUACUACGUGCAUGAACGCAUGAAUAAUCAUCCCGGAUGGAGGAAUAUCAAAGUCAUCCUGUCGGAUGCAAAUGUUCCCGGAGAGGGAGAGCACAAGAUCAUGGAUUACAUCCGGAGGCAACGUGCACAGCCAAAUCACGAUCCAAACACCCAACACGUGCUCUGUGGAGCUGAUGCGGAUCUCAUUAUGCUCGGCUUAGCAACGCAUGAGCCGAAUUUUACGAUUAUUCGUGAGGAAUUCCUGCCCAACAAAGAGAGGCCGUGUGAGGUUUGCUCCCAAUUUGGGCAUGAGCUGUCCAAAUGCGAGGGGCUCAAUGGCGGUGAUUCCAGUGAGCCACCACCAAUAGCCAAGGAGGUUCAAUUUAUCUUUGUACGCCUCUCAGUGCUCCGGGAGUACCUUGAGAGGGAGCUGGAGAUGCCCAAUUUGCCCUUUGAGUACGAUUUCGAUCGUGUCAUCGAUGAUUGGGUCUUUAUGUGCUUCUUCGUGGGCAAUGACUUCCUCCCGCAUUUACCGAGUCUCGAGAUCCGCGAGAAUGCCAUUGAUCGUCUCGUCACGUUGUACAAGAAGUGCGUCUACAAGACGGGCGGGUAUUUGACGGAUUCCGGAGAUGUGAAUCUCAAGCGGGUGGAGAUGAUUAUGCAGGACUUGGGAAUGGUGGAAGAUCAAAUCUUCAAGACGCGCCAGAGUAAGGAGCAGAUGUACAAAAUGCGCGAGAAGCAGAAGCGGAUGCAGCAGAAAGCUCCGAAUUUUGAACAAAUUCACAAAGGGCAAUUUGCACCGACCGCACUGGGGCGUGGAAUUCAACCGGCUGCCAUACAGAAUCCCCGGCAGGAGGCAGCCAGGUAUCGAAUGAUUGAUCAGCAGCGUCCAGAUACAGCACUGCAGUCAAUGCUGAUUCCCGAAGGACGUGGAACGAAGAGGAAGUCCGAUCAGAUGGAGCAAGCGUCGGCACAGGAGGGAGGAGCAAAGGAGGAAGAAGAGGAGGAGGAGGAAGUGCAGGAUGAAGUGCGUUUGUGGGAGGAUGGCUUCAAGGAUCGCUACUACGAGUCCAAAUUCGACGUAAUGGCAACAAAUGUGGAAUUCCGCUAUGCCGUGGCGAGGCAGUACGUCAAAGGACUCUGCUGGGUACUUCAGUACUACUACCAGGGAUGUGCUUCGUGGAAUUGGUACUUUCCCUACCACUAUGCUCCAUUUGCAUCGGAUUUCAUCAACAUUGCCGGGCAAUCGACGAAAUUUGAGAAAGGAACGAAACCCUUUAAUCCCCUUGAGCAGCUUAUGGGUGUCUUUCCAGCUGCUAGCAAGUCUCACAUCCCAGAACCUUGGGGAGAGCUCAUGAUUGAUCCUAGAUCCACAAUAAUUGACUUCUAUCCGGAAGACUUCAAGAUUGACCUGAAUGGAAAGAAAUUCGCCUGGCAAGGUGUUGCUUUGCUGCCUUUUGUCGACGAAAAGCGCCUCUUCAAAGCACUCAAGCCACUCCAUGAUAAACUCACGGAAGCAGAAAAACGGAGAAACUCCCUCGGCAGCGAUAGGCUGUACGUUGGUCCGGGGAAUGAGGGCUACAAACUCCUCAAGGGGAUCUAUACAAAUGACAUUGAUAACAACGACGGCACUCCUGUGGUCAUUCAAGGGAUGCAGGGAACUGUCCGGAAGGCUGGGGAUCUCGUACCAACUGGAGGGAUGCUAAUCUCUCCAGUCUUUGGGCUUGAGCCAAUUUGCGACAAUUCCGUCGUGACGGUUAAAUUCAAAGAUCCGGAAUAUGCGGAAGACUUCAUCUUCCCAGCGAAGAAGCUUCCGGAUGCAAAGGAAGCACCGAGAGUGCUGAAACCCGGUGGAAUGGGCAAUGAUCGGCACUACAAGCCAAUGAUUGGCUUCACGCGGGAUCUACCGCAGGCCUCCCUGUCCGGAACUGGGCACAGAAUGAUGAAUCACUACACACAUGAUAGAUCAAGGGAUUCAGGGCAGUACAAAUCAUACCCACCGCCCAAUCAGUACCAGCAUCAUCAGCAGAAUCAAUAUCAACAGAGAUCCUCCUAUCAAGGUAAGAAUUUUCAUUUAUUUCCUUCCCUGAAUUGUACGAAAUUUAAAUCAAGAGAAAAUCAUGAAAAUCCCCCAUUUUCACGAAGAGAGAAAUCAAGCAGAAAAAGUCAAGAUUUCCACACACAGUGGGAGAUCAUUAAAAGGCACACAACACAAGAAUUAAUUGGUAUAGUUCCUCACAUGAGAUCCUUGUCAAAACAAUCCAACCUCCGACGCCGUCCCUCAAUUUACCAAACCCCCUUCCAUUUUCUGCAAAACAAAAAAGGCAAGAAGAGUGCAAAAUUGGUGCAAUUAACGAGGAAAUUUCCUUCGAAUCCCGCCCCUUACGAGGGAUGCCUUCAGGGGUGAUUUUUUCGGGUGAAUAAAAUGUGAUUCUGCAAUAUAAAUACUACCGUAUUCAAGGGGAAUUUAUCAGGAAAAAUGCACAAAUAUUCCGAUUUUGUUGUGAUAAAUAUUCAGAAUAUUUUAAAAAGGGAAUUUCUUCAAUUCUUUAACAAACAAACAAACAACACACAUAGCCAUUUGUCCCAUUACUGGGGUUGGCUUCUCACACACAAAUUUUGGCUUUGAUUUUUAAUGACCGGCUGCCGACCUGACGUCAACCUCAGAGAGGCAUUUUUGUUGCAUUGUGACUUUGUGUUAGGAAUAUUCCUCAUUCAUAAGUUUUUAUCACAAGCAACGGUGCAGAGCAGUCAAUAUUAGUUCAAGAGUUGCCUCUCGUUGUAAUAUUGCACUGGUGGGAACGAGUGGGGGCAUUCCUGACCGAAUGAGAUCUUUUUUCAUAUCUGCAUUACAGCCAAUCGAACACCACCGAGCCUCGAACCCGCCGACCCUCCCAGGGACAGAGCAAACGGACACUGGGACCGUCUGCUUUGCCACUGCUCUACUGGGCCGUCAAUUCAAUUCUUUGAAUGUUUAUAAAGAAAAUUUUCCGAUAGGGGAAUGAGCAAGAAUAUGGUGGUAGUAAAAGAAUUUUAAAAAAAUUAAUACAAUUUUUAUAAAAUUCAUUAAUAUUUAGAGGAUUGAGGUUUCUAACCUCAAAAGUUUUUUGACCAUCAUUUUCUCUUAAAAUAAUAUAUUUUUCUAAAUUUCUUUUCGACGAUCUUAAAGUUAUGAUCCUGCCUUAUACACCAGAAUUGAAUUUAUCACGAAAUGUUAAAUAAUUUUUAAUUCUGAGGCGAUCGAAAAAAGUCUAAUUGACCACUUUGUCCAGCAAAAUCUUUUAAGGGUUAACGAAGCAAGAAAAUAAGAAAAA